UUGACAAUCAAAUCAGUGACAAGUUUGACAAUCAAAUCAGGCAUAAACUUGACAAUCAAAUCAGUGGUAAGAUUGACAAUCAAAUCAGGCAUAAAUUUGACAAUCAAAUCAGUGGUAAGGUUGACAAUCAAAUCAGUGGUAAGGUUGACAAUCAAAUCAGUGGUAAGAUUGACAAUCAAAUCAGGCAUAAAUUUGACAAUCAAAUCAGUGACAAGUUUGACAAUCAAAUCAGGCAUAAACUUGACAAUCAAAUCAGUGGUAAGGUUGACAAUCAAAUCAGGCAUAAAUUUGACAAUCAAAUCAGUGAUAAGUUUGACAAUC